GUUCAAGCUAUAGCUUGUUUCGACAGAGAGAAACUCCCGGUUGGUUCCGAUGCUCGGGCGCGCGGGGGCCGCCAAGAAGGCGAGCAAGUUCGAGGACUCGGACAGCAGCAGCCGCAUUUCACGGCCCAGGGCCAUGUCCGAGCUGCCGCACCGGCUCGCCACUCGCGUGCCAACGCGCCCGAGGACGGCGACGGUGGCCGUGGGCGCGGAGGCGAGUGGCGGCGCGCGUCACCGUGGUGCCGGCGUCGGCCGAGGGGCGGCGCCCCGCAGCCCACUGCACGAGGCAAGCAUGUUCUCCCGCGCGAACUGAUCACUGCAUUUAAACCCUGUACGUACAGCUAGACAUGACACCUGACUUGAUACAACUUUGCAGAAGAAACCCGCAGAUGCGAUCGCUGGUGGUGGCGGUGGUGCAGGGCCGCGGGCGGCGGAGCUGGAGGCCAAGCUGGGGAGGGCGCACGACCAGCUGGCGGCCAUGCGGGAGCAGCUCGCAGCCGCCGAGAAGGCCAGGAAGGACGCGCGCGGCGCCUUCGCCGAGGCCAAGAAGCGGUUCGCCGCGAACGCAAAGAAGAGGGAAGCCGCCGCUCCGGCGCCGGUCGAACAGGAUACCAAUGUGCGGCCGCCAGAACAGAGGCAGCAGGAAGAGGAGGCAGAAGUUGUCGCGGACGACGUUGCAAAUGGUGACGGCGAGGAGAGAAGAGGCAUGGUCGACCCCGAGCACAAUGAGUCCCGGGUUGAGGAGGUGGCCGAGAAGACGACUGAUAAUGGCCAUGAGGUGAGCAACAGUAUUGCCGUCGUUGGAGACGACGGUGGUGGCAACGAGGGAAACCCGGAGGCCGACCAGCUGUGGAGCAAGCUUGUGGCGAAAGACAGGGAGGUGUACGAGCUGAGGGCGAAGCUGAUGCUGAAGGACAUGGAGGUCGACGAGCUGAGAUUGGAGCUGACGGCGAAGGACGCGAACAUCGGCAUGCUGACGGCAGAGCUGGUCGCAAAGGAUGCCGAGUUCGCCGCUCUCAGAGCCGAGAACGCCGAGCUCACGAAGACGGCCUCCGACGCCGCCGAUGCCGGCAGGAAGACGACGGCCGCGAAGGCGAGGGAAGCCGAGCGCGCGCUGAUGGACAGCGCGGCGCGGGAGUCCCGGCUAGCCGAGCGACUGAGGGAGUCGGAGCGUGCGCGGGAGGCGCUGGAGGCCGAGGCGCGCCGCAUCCGCGUCCAGAGCGAGCAGUGGCGCAAGGCGGCCGAGGAGGCCGCGGCGGUGCUCGGCGGCGCGGGUCACCACGUUGGCGCGGAGGAGACGGACGAGGACAAGCAGCGGGACGCGGGAGACGGGGGCUCCGGUGGGAAGAGGAAGCCGGCCGGCGGCGCCGUGCGGCUGCUCGCCGACCUGUGGAAGAAGAGGGCGUCCAAGUGAUCGGAAAGUACGUGCCGGGCGCGGUCGAUCGUGCCGCACUGCGCGCGCGCGCGCAUGGGAAUUUGCUGAUGCGCUCGAUCGAUCGGGUGCCUCUCCAGCUGUAACUAGAUAACGUGCACGUAGUACGUGUUUGUUUACCGUUCACAGUUUUCUUUAGAUGAUUUAUUACUGUUGUUUUUUGUUGCGUGUUCGCUGUACCGUGCCACUAUUAUUCCGAGCCGCGAGACGCUGAU